CAUGGUGGUCCUCAUGGUGGUCCUUUUGAUAGUCCUUUUGAUGGCCCACGCGGCGGCCCCUUUGGUGGUCCUCAUGGUAGUCCCUUUGGUCAUCCUCAUGGUGGUCCUUUCGGUCAUCCUCAUGGUGGUCCUUUCUUUAAUGGCCAUUUCGGUAAAUGUAAAGACCAUUUUAGUAGAGGUAGACAUCACGGCAAACAUUAUUCUGAGAAAUCCGACAUUUUGAAUUGUGAAGAUGAAAAGUUAAAGGAAAGUUCAUCUUCCUCUAGUUCUGAAAGUGAAGCAUCUUUUCAUAUUCCUUUAUCUAAAAAGCAUUUGAAGAAACUUCGUCGUCGUCGUUGUCAUAGUCGUUGUCAUCGCAAGAAUUGUAUGUAACGUAUGACUUUAACCUACUUUAUAAAACAAAAAAAAAUCAUAAAUUUAUUUCAUUAAAUACAUAGAAAAAUAAAAAUAAAACAAUAAAAACUAAAAAUAUAUUUAAUAUGACUAA